AUGACGGCGCUGAGUCGGUAUUAUUUGAAACCUACGGAUAUAUGGGUUACUCCAACGGGCGGAAGAUGGAUCGCGAAUUCGGAUCGCUCUCCUUCAGCGAGCAAGCCUAGCAAGAUGCCGUUGAAGAAACUCCUUAGACCCACUACCCUCAAACCACCGCGCCCCCGUCACUCACCACCACCCCCACUGCUUUCUCCACCGCCAAAAGCCACCUCUCUAACACCUCUACCCACCCUCUCUCUCUCCAUACCCACCCCCCAAACCCAUACCCAACUCACCCACUUCCUCCAAACCCACCUCAAAACCUCCUUCACUCCCCAAGACCUACUCUCUUUCCUCAAAACGCACCUCCACCACCACCCCAAAUUCACCCAUUUCGAUUUCCAUGUCUUCCUCUAUGCUGCCUCGCUCGAUUCCUUUCGCCACGACCACUCCACUUUUGAAUGGAUGGUCCGUACCCUUUCUAUCACCCACCGUUUGGACAGUCUCCGCUCAAUCCUCGAAUUCAUCGUCUCCAACCCCUGCCCUUGCUCUGACGGUAUUUUUUCUUGCCCAAGAACCGAACCCAUUUUCCGUUUUGCUAUUAGCUGUUAUUGCAAUGUUGGUAGAUUUGAUGAUGCUUUGUUUAUUUUUGAUAGCAUGAAAAAAAUGAUUGAUGGGAAGCCUAAUGUUGGUAUAUACAAUACUCUGAUUCAUGGUUUUGUGAAAUAUAGAGAGUAUGAAAAGGCUUUGGAAUUUUAUAGUAGGAUGAUUAAGGACCGGGUUAAGCCGGAUGUAAUUACAUUUAAUAUUUUGAUUAGUGGUUAUUGUCGGAAUUCGCAAUUUGAGUUGGCUUUGGAAAUGUUUAAGGAGAUGAGGGAUAAGGGUUGUGUUCCUAAUGUAGUUAGUUUUAAUACUUUGAUUAAGGGGUUCUUCAGGGAGAGGAAGUUUGAUGAAGGCAUUGGGAUGGCAUAUGAGAUGAUUGAGUUGGGGUGUCAGUUUUCAACUGUGACCUGUGAAAUUUUGGUUGAUGGGCUUUGUAGAGAAGGAAUGGUUUCCAAGGCUUGUGAUAUUAUGAUUGAUUUCUCAACAAAUGGUGUUCUGCCCAGUAAAUUUGAUUAUUUUGCUCUAAUUGAUAUUUUGUGUGGGGAAGGGAAUGUGGUGAAGGCGAUGGAGAUUGUAGAUGAGUUGUGGAUGAAAGGGAAUGCUCCAAGCUUAAUUGCUUGCACUACUUUGAUUGAUGGCUUAAGGAGACUGGGAAGAACCGAAGAGGCAUACAAAUUAAUUGAAAAGAUGCUCAACAGUGGUAUUAUUAUGGAUAGUGUGACUUAUAACUGUCUUCUUCGAGAUAUGUGUGAUGCUGGAAGAACAGUAGAAGCAAAUAAAUUGAGAUUAUUGGCAUCCAGAAAGGGUUUGGAUUCGGAUGGCAUGACCUACAACAUUUUGGUAAUUGGGUAUACAAGGGAAGGCAUCAGUCCGGUGCCAACAAAUGCUGGACAGCGUUAUUCUUUGGAAAAGAAUGAUGGGUAUACUGCUCUGCUGCUACAAGAAAGCGGAUCUCAGGAGAUUUGA